UCAUCCAAUUAGUGCUGCCCCCUGCCGGUGCAAUUCACGCUGUGAUUGGUUGAUUGACAGCACCUGCUGAGCACUCGCCCGGUCCUCCACUUUGACCUCCCGCCGAAUCGAACCCAGGCUGAGUCCAACGGGCCCGGGAGUCCCGUUUAGUUUAUUUUUUAACAUGCUUUCCGUCAAAUGUGUUUUACUUGUCGUCCUGCUUGUGAUCGCUUGUUGUUUCGGUGAACAAACAAAAGCACCAGGUGGCCUUGGAGAUGAAAAGGUUGGAGAAAAAGAUGGAGAGUUCGGUUUUAACGCCACCAGUAAUAUGACUCGUAUCACUUAUGGCUUUGUGGCAAACAUGGCCGCCGUGCUGCUGUACGGAAGCAACGUUGUUCCCAUCAAGCGGAUCGAGACGGGAGAUGGAAUGUUUUUCCAGUGGGUGUACUGUGCCGCCAUCUGGUUGGUGUCCAUGGUCGGAGAUUUGAUUCUCGGCUCUCCCAAAUUCUAUCCGCUGGCGAUGCUCGGGGGCGUCAUCUGGGCCACAGGAACCGUAAUGAUCGUCACCAUCAUCAAGGCCAUUGGGCUCAGCCUGGGCAUUUUAAUCUGGGGCUCCGCCAGCAUGAUGAUCGGCUGGGCCACCGCAAGGUUCGGCUGGUUCGGGAUCCCCGCAGAGGACGUGUCGCGGCCGGCGUUAAAUUACUGCGGAGUCGGGUUGUGCCUGCUCAGCGGUGUCAUCUUUUUCUUCGUGAAAACGGACGUGCAGCUGCAGCCCGAUCCCGAAGUUGUUCCGCUGCUCAUCGACGGGCGAACAACCUCUGGUAGCUACAGCUCGACUUCGUCCAAGUUCUGGAUCGAUUUUGUCGGGCCCAAGCGGAGACGCCUUGUAGGCUGCCUGCUGGCCGUGAUGGCGGGCGUCCUCUACGGCUCCUCCUUCACGCCCAUGCUUUACAUCAAGACCCAUUCGUCAUGCCGCGACAGCGUGUUCCACGGCGCCAGCGUUUACGACCUGGACUACGUCUACGGGCAAAGUUGCGGCAUAUUUGCGGCGAGCACGCUGUACUUUGCCAUCUAUUGUUUCAUCAUGAAGAGCAGGCCAAGGAUCUACUCCAGAGCUAUUCUGCCAGGCCUGUUGUCGGGGUUGAUGUGGGCAUUGGCCACUUACUGCUGGUACCUGGCCAACAACUACCUGAGCGCGGUGGUCACGUAUCCCAUUGUGACGGCGGGAUACGGGCUGGUUGCAGCACUUUGGGGAAGCCUGGUGUUUAGAGAGAUUAAGGGCUUUUUCAACUUCUUAAUCUUCUCCCUGGCGACCUGCGUGGUGUUGACAGGCUCUUUGUUGACGGCCAUCUCCAAUCUGUAAUUGUUUAUGUACUGUACUGUUUUUGAUACACUGGUUGCAUGAGUGUUUUGCAACAGCUUCUGAUUAAUAAAUCUGUCAAGAAUC